UGAAAUUUUUGGGACAUAGGAUAGACAAAGAUGGAAUUUAUCCGUUACCUGACCGGGUAGAAGCUAUUCAAAACUUCCCUCUACCCACUUCUCCCAAGGCACUACGCACCUUUCUCGGGAUGGUUAGUUACUACCGUCGCUUUAUCCCACAGUGUGCUCAUAUCGUGACCCCCUUGACUGACAUGCUUAAAGGGAAAUGCAAGUCUUUGGUGUUCACUAAGGAAGCCUCGACAGCUUUUGCAGCUAUCAAGAAAGCUAUUGCUGACGCCACAAUGUUGGUCCAUCUAGAUGUUCAACUUCCAAUCAGCAUCUCCGUAGAUGCCUCUAAUACUGCGAUCGGAGCCGUCCUUCAACAGCGUAUGGCUAAUGUAUGGCUACCGAUUGCUUUCUUUUCACGUAAACUUACCGCAUGCGAAUCUCGAUACAGCACAUUCGGUAGGGAACUUCUCGCUGUCUACGCUGCUGUCAAGCAUUUUCGUCACUUCGUGGAAGGCCGGCAAUUUACGGUAUUUACCGACCAUAAGCCAUUGACGUACGCCCUCCACACUACUUCAGACCGGUAUUCACCGCGAGAAUCACGCCAUUUAGACUAUAUUUCCCAGUUCACUUCUGAUAUCCAGCACGUUUCUGGAUCGGAUAACGCGGUAGCAGACGCUUUGUCUCGCGUAUGUGCUACGUCCGUACCACCAACCAUCGAUCUUCAUAAAAUGGCCGAACUCCAACUGAACGAUUUGAACUUAGAACACCUGUCAAAUAAAACCUCACUGAAAAUAGAACGCGUCCCCUUGCUAAACAGUGAGGCAACUAUACUUUGCGAUAUGUCAACUGGUACUCCUCGACCGAUUGUUCCCACGUCUUUACGCCGAACUGUGUUUGAGUCACUCCACAACCUCUCCCAUCCUGGCAUACGAGCAACGGACAAGUUGAUUUCUGCGAGAUUUGCGUGGCCCGGUAUGAACCGUGAUGUGCGUCAAUGGACACGUGCUUGUGUGCAAUGCCAACGUGCUAAAGUCACCAAGCAUAACAUCACGCCGUUGGGGACGUUUGCGACCCCAGACGCUCGGUUCCAUCAUAUCCACCUGGAUAUAGUAGGGCCUCUGCCCCCGUCUAACGGCUGCUCGUAUUUACUCACAUGUGUGGAUCGUUUCACACGUUGGCCGGAAGCCAUUCCGAUACCUGAUGUAACGGCUCAAACCGUCUGUCGUGCCUUCAUGGAUGGCUGGGUUGCCCAUUUUGGAUGUCCCGCAACUGUCACUACCGACCGCGGACAACAGUUUGAAUCCACAAGCUUCAAAGAAUUGUUAGAGAUGCUGGGAUGCAAACGCAUUCGCACAACCGCGUAUCAUCCCGCGGCAAAUGGCCUAGUAGAACGUUUCCACCGUCAACUCAAAGCUGCGUUGAUGGCAGUGGACAACAGUAAGUGGACAGAUUCGCUACCACUGGUCCUGCUUAGCAUCCGGGCUACGCUUAAGGGGGAUCUGCAGUGCUCGCCAGCUGAAUUGGUGUACGGUACCACCAUGCGUUUACCAGGCGAGCUAAUCGCUCCCGAAACUUUCGAGCCAAAUUUCCCGGAUACCACCCGUUACGCUCAGCAACUUAAAAGUUUUAUGCAGCGACUCCGACCAGUUUCCACACGCGCUCAGAACCGAAAGGUUCAGGUUGAUCGGCGACUUGAUGACUGUACACACGUUUUCGUGCGUCACGACGCCAUACGAAAGCCAUUACAACCACCGUAUGACGGGCCUUUUAAGGUCCUUAGUCGUAAAGAUAAAUUUUUCGUUAUUGACCGAUGCGGCCGCCCAGACACUGUCAGCAUAGACAGACUUAAAGCGGCAUACACUGAAGAACCUUCACCCUCCCCAUCGGCUCAAUCAAAUAGCCCCACUGAACCUAGUCCUUGUCCAGACUCAACUACUUCACCUCCGGUGGUGAAUGAUGAUUCUCCUACCGUCACCAGUAAGACCCCUGUCACACGUGCUGGUCGACGUGUUCACUGGCCCAAGAGGUUCGUAGAAUUCUUUCACUGAACUAAUCCAUAGGUAAGGCUACUAGUGAUUUUUUAUUCCUUGUCACAAUUUCUUAUUCAAUUCUGCUAUAUUUAAUCUAUUUGGUCCCGCUUCUGGGAGUAGUCGUUUUAACCCUCACUAAUCCUUUUAAUCUUUAUCUCUCGUUACAGAGGACCAGCAGCAGUUUGUUUUUACCCCUAAUUUUUCAUAUCAAUCUACUCGCUAGAUCAGUUGGCGUCUCAUGUCAUCUUGUAACCCACACCAAAAGAGGAAUUAUGAAUAGUAUAUUACCUUUCC